CGGGGCGCGGAACCCCGGGUUGCAGCGCUGCCAGACCCAGCGCUACAGGCUAGGUUUCCGGAGACGGCUCCCUGUGGGAACCUAGCCCGGGCACCCUGCGACCUUUGGGGACCGGUCUUCGGGCUGGAUUCGUUCCACGUCUUCGGAGCACGAAGCCGGCCCAAUUUGCUCGGGGCACGCCUGACCCUCUGGCGCUGACCUGUGGUUGUGCGCGCCCUCGCGAGACAGCCUGCACCAGGCAGGUGAUGCUUCUGGGAGACUCAGGCGUUGGCAAAACCUGUUUCCUGAUCCAAUUCAAAGACGGGGCCUUCCUGUCCGGGACCUUCCUAGCCACCGUCGGCAUAGACUUCAGGAACAAAGUGGUGACUGUGGAUGGUGUCAGGGUGAAGCUGCAGAUCUGGGAUACCGCCGGGCAAGAGCGGUUCCGCAGCGUCACCCAUGCUUACUACCGAGAUGCCCAGGCCUUGCUCCUGCUGUACGACAUCACCAACAAAUCUUCCUUCGACAACAUCCGGGCCUGGCUCACUGAGAUUCACGAGUAUGCCCAGAGGGAUGUGGUGAUCAUGCUGCUUGGCAACAAGGCAGAUGUGAGCAGUGAAAGGGUGAUCCGUUCGGAGGACGGAGAGACACUGGCCAGGGAGUACGGCGUUCCCUUCAUGGAGACCAGCGCCAAGACGGGCAUGAAUGUGGAGUUAGCCUUUCUGGCCAUUGCCAAGGAGCUGAAAUACAGAGCCCUGUGGCAGCCCGAUGGGCCCAGCUUCCAGAUCCGAGACUUUGUGGAGUCCCAGAAGAAACGGCCCAGCUGCUGCUCCGUCUUGUGAAUACCAAGGGCCUGCCAGGGGGCUCCAGAGGCCCCCGCGGAUGCAGCCUUCUCCCCCCAGAUCUGGUUUAUUCUGCGAGGCUGGGAGUUGGGGGACCCAGUGGACAGCCCCUUCCCAAGCGGGAGCUGUACUCCCACCCCUACCCUAGUUGCGUAGUUUCCCUGCAUCCUGGGGGAGGGUAACAUAUUUAUUUCAUCCUAAUGACACAUAAUGUAAUACAAAAAGGGAGGGAGGGGGGAGGCGGGGCACCAGAAAAACAAGGCAGGGAGCUGGUGGCCCUUUUGCCUUCUGCUACUUGGACUUGGGGGGCUGAGGCUCCCUCCUAACCUUGACAAGGGUGGUGUUGCUUCAGUUCAGCACCAGAGGGCAGUGACGCACUUCUGCAGCGUGAGGGCCAGAUGUGACCCCGUGGCCACCUUCACCUCAACUGGAGAGGCUAAGCAGACCCCCAACUUUCAUUUCCUCCGGCUCCCAGGGAACAGUCUUCCCCAGUAAGAUGGUCCCUGGUGCCGGGAGCUAGACCAAGGCUAGGGAAGAUAAGAGAUGUGGAGAUCGGGCAGUGACGGAGCUCUGUGGGUGCAGGGGGGAGGAGUGACCCAGACUAAGUCUAUCUGUUUGGCUGCCUCUGGCUUUCCUAGUCCCCCUCUGGGACAUGUGCCCCUUUUCCUCCAGCUCACAAGCCGAAAACAUCUGGUUCCUGUUCUCUGGACCUUGGGUCCCAGGGGAACCCCACCUCCCGGAACCCCUGGUCUUCUCUACCUUUUUGCUUGUGCCCCUAGACACCUGAGGUCACAGCCAGGAAAAGGUUUUUCUCCUAUCUCAAACCUUUGGCAGGUAUGCACCCCCACAGCCCACUUCUAGCAGCCACAGGGCUUCUACUGGGUUAAGAGUCAGUUAAGGAGAAACCUCUGACUUCUGGAGCAGAUGGGAGGCAGAACUGAGCAAACCUCACCCCACCACACAUAUCCCCCCAAACCCAAGCGCUGUCUCCUCCUUGACCACUUAUGCCUUUUCGCUUCCAGACAGACACCAAGGCCAAAACUCUCCAUCUCUCCUCCCACUGAGCCAAGUUAGGGAGUGAGAAGUCACCCAUUACUGGGUAAACCAACACAGUGUGCAAAACAAGGUCAUUUGAGUAAGACUGGGGUGAGGAGAGUCAGCAGAGUUUAUGUAGGGCCAAGGUCACCGGUCUCCCAGGUCCCUGACUGCAGCAAAUGGAGGUGGACAGGAGAUAUGCGGGUCAUGACCUGGAGGCACCUUUACUCUAGCUCUCCAGGCCAAGGGCAAGGGAGAGGAUAAAGGAAGAAGUACACACUUCACAUUUCUGAGGCUAUUGCAUUUGCUUUCAAGGCAGAAAUCUUGCUCUCUGAGCAGAGUCAGCAGCUCCAACUUGGGCCUGAUAAGGAAACUCUCCUAGGCUUCUCCCAGGCGAAGCAGGGAGGAGCCUGACCUUGCUGGGCUCUUCUGGGGCCCAAGGCAGGUCACAGGAGACCGAAUCACAUGGUCCGCAUUUGUGUUUUCAGAAUUAAAUUGCAGAAUUUGGAAAGUA